AUGCGUGUUACAUCUGUACUCUCUCUAGCCAGCGCUGCCGCUGCAUCAACAGCCUCGUUUUCGGCUCCGGCCGGCACAGCAUCACCGAACGUCUCGGCAGGCUGCCAAGCGCUGCGCGCGCCCCUUGGGGAUUCGCUGUUUUUCAAGAGCAGUAGUGUGUACAAGUAUGAGGCAGCGAACUUUUGGUCUAACACCGAGCUGAUGGCUCCGGGUUGUGUAUUCCGGCCUCAGUCUAGUGCGCAGCUGGCGAAUGGUAUUAAGGCGUUGGUUGGUGCAGGUGCGGAGUUUGCCGUUCGGGGUGGUGGACAUAUGGGUAUUCGGGGAUCAAACAAUAUCAAUGAUGGUGUUUUGAUUGUGAUGUCUAAUUUGACGACUUUGGAACUGAACACAGAUCGUUCGCUUCUGUCUGUUGGUCCUUCUCACCGAUGGGCCGAUGUCUACACAUACUUGCAGGGGUUCGGACUUUCCGCAGCUGGUGGCCGUCUCGGUCCCGUCGGUGUUCCGGGAUUGCUCCUGGCUGGUGGUGUCAACUUCUACGGCAACCAGGUCGGCUUCGGUUGUGAUACCGUUGUUAAUUACGAGGUUGUUCUGGCCGAUGGCUCGAUUGUUGAAGCCAACAAGACCAGCAACCCGGAUCUGUUCUGGGCUCUGAAGGGUGGAAGCAGCAACUUUGGUAUCGUCACCCGGUUUGAUCUGGAGACCAUCAAGUCGCCCAAGGUCUGGGCCGGUACUCAUACCGUGUCCGCCGAGUACAUCGACCAAUUCCUGGCUGCCGCUGCUACUUACGCAUCGGAUAUCUACGACCCCAAGACUCACGUCGUGCCGGCCCUCGUGCCCGGUGAAACUACCCUCGCCUCGGUAAUCCUGUUCUACGACAGUGACAACACUAGCUACCCCGAGAUCUUCAAGCCGUUCACCGAUAUCCCGGCUAUCAGCAGCACUCUUGACUUCAAGACUGUCAGCGAGUUUACUACCGAGACCGGUACAAUGGUCAUCGACGGAAUUAACGAUGUCUUCGUCGCCGGCACCGUCAAGGGCACAACCUAUAAGGAGCUCAUGGAGGGUAUCACCAUCAUCAACCAAACUUUCUUCAACGAGCUCCCCAAACUGUACUCGCAAGUUCCCACCGCCAACAUCUCCACCAUCCAGCUCGACUGGCAGCCCAUCGGCGCAGACUGGAUGAAGGCCUCCGAGGCUCGCGGCGGAAACGCCCUGGGUCUUGACUCGUCGCAGGUGUACCUGUGCUAUGCCGAGGUUGUUGAGUGGAUUGGAUCCGCCUAUGAUGACAUUGUCGCUGAAUGGUUGGAGAACACCACCUACAAGAUCAACAACGCUACCCAGAAGGCGGGUCUAUACGACGCUUUUAACUACAUGGGCGACGCUGCUGGAUUCCAGUCUAUCUUCCCUGGCUAUGGCGCGAAAAACCACCAGAAGCUCAUCGAUGUUGCGCAGAAGUAUGAUCCUCAUGCGGUUUUCCAGACUUUGAUGCCUGGUGGCUUCAAGGUUUACUAA